GAUCUCUCCCCCUCUACCCAUCCUGUCUCUGGAAACAGAUCCAGCUGGGUUUGGUCUGCAGAUCAUCUUCACCAAUUUCACCAAAAUAAACGGAUAAUAUCGACCCGUGAGCACCGGAGGAUUUCCCGCCGCUUCCCCCCCUCUCUCAGGCUCACUCCCCGCCCCCAGCCUGCAGGAAUACCGCACAUUAUUUAAUCUCAUUCAGCCUUCAUUUGUUUCCCCACCGAGGUGAUGUCUGUCGCGGGGUUGAAAAAGCAGUUCCAUAAAGCCACCCAGUUUUAAAACAGAGCAGUGUGAUGAAUCCGGACGCUGAAAGGAAACGCGACACCUGAGUGAAUAAAUCAUGAGGAGAUCAAUGAUCACCGGGAGGGAGCCGAGAGAAACACCUUAGAUUCUCCCUUAAAGACUUUCAUUGACCUCAAUACUUCAUCACAUUUAUUGAAGACCCCUCCAUGUUCACCGCUUUUUCAGCAUCCCAUAAUCACCUCUGUUUCAGUCGUGUUCCUGAAGUGCUGAUUCUGGGUUCGGUCGAAUUGUCCAAAAAUCAGCUCCUAUGGUCUAUCUAUCCACUGUUCCUGACCUCUGUGUGAAACGUCCCGGGGUUAAGGAACAGUGGAUAGGAGAACUCAACAGGACUGAGGAACAGAGGCUGCUUUGAGAACCCGACUGAGCGACACUAUCCACGUAUUGAUGAUGAAGGCCGUCCUUAAUGAGUGUCUGCUGUGGGGAACCACAGCUCCUCUACUGAGAGCCUCUCCUCUGCACCGUGCUCUCUGAUGGUGCUGUUUCUGCUUUAUGAACCAGGACAGCAGAGAGACAGAUACUCUGCAUUACAAAGCCCCCCCCCCCCCCUCCGGCCUCACGUAUUAACCCACAUGAAUCCAAUAGAAAGUCAGUGAGAAGGUCGGGGGGGCCGAGGGAACGAAACUAGAUGAAGACUUCAAGGAGAUGGAAAAGAAGGUGGACGUCACCAGCAGAGCGGUGUUGGACAUCAUGACGAAAACUACAGAAUACCUGCAGCCAAACCCAGCGUCCCGAGCGAAGCUGAGUAUGAUCAACACGAUGUCUAAGAUCCGCGGGCAGGAGAAGGGUCCGGGUUACCCGCAGGCAGAGAGCGUUCUGGGGGACGCCAUGCUGCGCUUCGGACGGGAGCUGGGGGAGGAGUCCAGCUUCGGCCUGGCUCUGAUCGAUGCCAGCGAGUCGAUGAAGGAGCUCGGGGAGGUGAAGGACGCUCUGGAUAUGGAGGUCAAACAGAACUUCAUCGACCCGCUGCAGAACCUCCACGACAAGGACCUCAAGGAGAUCCAGCACCACCUGAAGAAGAUGGAGGGCCGCCGCCUGGACUUCGACUACAAGAAGAAGCGGCAGGGGAAAGUGCAGGACGACGAGAUCAGGCAGGCGCUGGAGAAGUUCGACGAGAGCAAAGAGAUCGCCGAGCAGAGCAUGUUCAACCUGCUGGAGAGCGACAUAGAGCAGGUGAGUCAGCUGGCAGCGUUGGUUCAGGCUCAGCUGGAGUUUCACACUCGCUCCGCAGAGAUCCUGCAGCAGCUCUCCAGCAAGAUGGAGGACAGGAUAAAGGAAGUCUCCACCAAACCGAGGAAGGAGUACACUCCCAAACCCCGGAUGACUCUUGAGCUGCUGCCCCCCAGCGAGAGCCACAACGGGGGGAUUAACUCAGCCAAAUCCCCCGGGAAAUCACCAGCCCUGAUGGACCAGCCCUGCUGCCGAGCACUGUACGACUUCGAGCCGGAGAACGAAGGCGAGCUGGGGUUCAAAGAGGGCGACGUCAUCACCCUGACCAACCAGAUCGACGACAACUGGUACGAGGGGAUGAUCAGCGGCCAGUCGGGCUUCUUCCCCAUCAACUACGUGGAUAUCCUGGUGCCGCUCCCCCAUUAGGACCGCUAGCCUUCCGCAGUAUGAAUCCAGUAUCCUGUAUUUACACUACAAUCCUUCUCCUUCUUCUUCUCCUUCUUCUUCUUCUUCUUCUUCUUCUUCUUCUUCUUCUUCUUCUUCUUCUUCUUCUUCUUCUUCUUCUUCUUCUUCUUCUUCUUCUUCUUCUUCUCCUUCUUCUUCUCCUUCUUCUUCUGAGCUUUUACAAAACGGACUGAGAGGAAGAGUACGGGCAGGAUUUGGAUGCAGAAGAGAAGUACAAACGAGGGAUUUAAAUGGACGCUCAUUCCGCCGGGCAGCAGUGGAUACGAAGGAGGCUUUGGGACUUGUCACCGGGUAAAUGUGCAUGUGGGUGUCUGUGUGUGAGCUGUUACUCUAUAAAGACCGAGCCAGCACUGAGUCCGAUAGUAACGCUGUCAUCUUUUUGCUGUUUCCUCUGCUGUCUUUUCUACCUUGACUUGCCUUCUUGUCAUUUCUGUUCGAGCAACCUUCAGGGUGUUCCCCACUUUCCUUCUGUCUCCUUCCUUUGGGUAGCCUCUCAGCAUGGCUCCACUUUGUACACAGCUUCUCUUUCCGUGUUUCUCUUGAACCUGCCUUUCUCACAGUGUCCGCUCAAUGGCUGAACGCAUGAACCAGCCGAGUCACUGAUCCGACGCCCUGGAAGUUCCUUUGGAAUAAAGCCGUAUCUGCGAGAAGUAAAUGUUUACAGAAAGACGAGCGGUCAAUCAGUGAUCUUUUAAUAUGAAGUUUUACUGGUUUAAGAGUCGACAGACAGCUUGGGAUUUUCCAGCCAACCAGCACAGACCAGUUGUAUUGAAUAUACUGGUUAUGAGACGGAUAAAUGGUGGGUGUUCCGAGGUCUGAGUAACCCAUCCACAGUGUUUGUACUGUGUGGAGCAGACUUGUUAACUCGUCUUAUUCGUGGCUUUGCAUGCAGGACUCAGCAGUAGCUGUCCUGAAACUCCUUUUUAAGUCGUCGAUCUUGAACUACAUCAUCCAGAAGGUUCUGGUUUUAGGGUUGUUUUACACCUCGUUGUUUAGUGCGGACUUCCGAAGUUUGAGAACCAAAUAGAAAUGACCUCCGCUGAACCACGAUCUGACCGAGAAGAGAGCCGAUCAAACUGAAUCAUGGUUUGUUUCUGGCCUGACAUUGAAUUAUUUGGAAGGAACAAUUCUCGAAAAUGUAAAAUUUCACCAAAUCGCAAACUUUGUUUUGGACUUUUAGGUGCAAAGAACCCUUAAAAGUAUCUCAAACCCUCGCGAAACGCACCUGUACCUCUCAAAUACACCAAAUUGUUGAUCAGUUUUACGAUAGCAGCAGGUCGUGUUGGUGAUUCCUGUUAGCCGUGAUCGAUCCUUAGACAAUUUAUCUCUUACAAUCGCUCUGAAGUGGGACUUAACUGUUCCUCCAUCAUAGUUUGUGUUCGUACGUACCAGAAGUGUUCCUGUAGGCAGUAUUGAGCAGUCUACUCUAAGAACUUAUUAAAGAGGCUAUUUAUUGCUAAAAGCUCUUUAGUAAUUCAGUCCUACAUCCCUGGAUUUAGGAAACUAGAUUGAACCAACAGUACGUUUACCCAGGAUUACACAGACGACUGGUUUGUAAAAAGGGUGUAUUGUCAGGAUGGUCUGUCCUCGUGUUUGGUUGGUCUGUUCAAACUAAAGAGGGAGACUGAAGAACUCACUGAUGUGUUCAGGAGUUGUAGGAAUGGGUGUCAGUGUGGUGCUGGGUUGAUAUCGACUCCAUUGUACAUAAAAGACGGUCAAAGAUCGGACAUCAGUCACAACGGUUGCUGUUGUUAUUUAGCCUGCCAUGCUAACAUUUCUCAAAUCUCACAGAAAUGAUAUUGAAUAUUCAACAUGUAGUCCAUAUUGGUAAAUUAAAAAAAGCGUAGGUUUUUUCUUUUCAGGAAAUAUUUAUUACGUCAGAAUUUAUUACAAAAAAGCUGUGCUAGCAUGGCUUAUGCUAACGUACCAGAUGUGGCUAACCGGCUAGCCCUUCGCUUCACAUUCCAGUUCUUGUAGUGUUGAGCAGAAUACUUCAAAGGGUUUUUCGCCUGAAUAUUGAAUAUGCUCGACUACCAAGAAACUUUAUCCAGAAUUAUUCGGGUUUAAAGGACAAAAUAAGUGCUAAUUUCUGUUAGCAAGGGCUUUACGGGGCACGGACUAGACCAAAAUAUAACUUACAUUUCCUAACAAUACGAUUAUUUAAGACAUUCAACUUAAACAUGGUGUUCCCAUUCCCUGAUUUAUAUUCUGGAUGUUUUAACUCUUCCUUUGUACGAUGGACAGCAUAUAGCUAUGAGGUAUUUCAGAUUUAUACAGUUCCUUUUAGUGUUUCAAAUAACUCUUUUAGAGUCGUGGUAUCUAUUGUACUCUGAAAGUGUGUUUUGAAUUCCUAACGAGUCGAGACAUAUUAUCCAGUAGCCAUGACAUGAGACUCCUUUCACUCUUAGUUUACAAAGGACUAUUUUAUAAUAGGAGGAUGGGAACGUUUCCUCUUGAAAGCUAUAACAGUGUUUUAGACACAAAUAGAAAUGAUAUCGAGACAUACAAUCUAUCUUCAGUCAAUAAACACCGAGUACCAAGGCAAUAAAUGAGGAUCCAAUGAAAGGGAGAGCUAAGAGGAUAGGACGUCUCUUACAUUUCCAAAGCACAAACUAACUUUAAAUCUAUCUUUCUGCCAUAUCCUGCUUUUCUGGGUGUAAAAGUUUGGAUUUUUAAGUGUUUUAUUUUGAUGUAUUUGUCUUUGUUUGCGUCUGAGUCCGCCUGUGGAACGUCUGUGAGCUGCAUGCAACUGUUCGUCUGUUUGAGAUUUCCAUGUAAACACUGGGGAGAUAUGUCAUGCUGGAUGUAAACUCUUUACUUUCUAUCGUUCAGCUAUUUAUUUGUCAUGCUAUGGUUGUAUAGCACUCUUUUCCAAAUUACAAAGUGCUUUAAAACUUGAAUUUUCUUGAAUAUUUGUAUUUAUUUGACUUUGUGUAAACAGAAUUGUUUUGUUGCUCUUUUUAUUUCUCCGUCAUGCUGAUUUGUCUUCUAUGGCGACGUGUAUUCUAACCUCAAUGAGGGACUUGUACAGUGUUACGCGCCAUUUCCCCUCGGACCCCAGCCAUGUGAAAACCUGCAGACUGAAGAGUACAUUUUCUGUCUGUCCUUAAACGCAUCACAGCUCCAAAAACGUUCUACGUAAUAACUCAUCAACUGGGAACCAAAAUGUUCGCCCAAUCUCUGAGUUGUUGUUUGCACUGGAGAUUUUUCACCGCAUUUUGAAUGUUAUAAGCCUAUCAAAAAAAGCAUUAUGAGGGGUCAUCAGCCUGGUAAAAGUAAUACGGGGUCUGCUUUACAAACUGCUGUGUGAUACAAUCAAUUAUCAGCUGCUACGAUGGAAAAAUUCAACUUAGCAUAACAUGUUUUAACAAGUGAAAUGUAAUGAAACACAACGAAAACGACCUGUUUUGUUACGUAAAGGCGAACAGCGUCUUUAUGUUUAGGCGGGAAAACAGCCCCUUCAUUAUGCGUAGCCGAAGAAAUCAAUCUUCUUUAGGUUUACAAAUCAAUGACAAAACCUACUAGUUGGUUUAGCUGGCUGAUUCAGUAGGCUGAUAACAUUGGUCCCAGUCUGGAAUUCAUCUUUGUGAUUAUCCCGACCACUCCUUAACGCACCACAGGUAAAAGUGCUAACGUGUCCUUGGUCCGGCCUGCGUUACAUUAAACUGUAUGCCUUGUUCAAUUUAGCCUCUAUAGACCCUGGUGUCUUCUGGUGAGCUACAGGUGUGUGUGAUAUACACACCGUGUUGCUAUUUAUUUAUGUACUGUAUGUAUUUAUUUAUUUAUUCCUACGUCCUGUCUGUUGACGGUUGUCAAUACAUUGGUGUGAGAUAUGGAGGAGGGUUUUUGGGGUAUA